UAAGUUCUCCCAUAUUACUGUUGUUUAAAUAAUUAGUGUAAAUUAUUUCAUCAUUUUUUGAAAAAUAAAGUUGGUCCUAUCCGCAUUAUUCUUUCAAGUUUCGAUCGUCAAAUUAAAUGAAUUGAAUAUGAUGAGAUAGGAAUUAGCAGGAUAUGUGAACGAUAAAAAUAGGCGUAUGAAGCACCAUUUAAAAAUAAAUGAUAAUGGUCAACAAAACAAAACCAAGUGGCAAGAGGGCAUUUCACUCAUAAAUUGGGUGUUAGGUAAUAAAGCACGGCUAAUUACCACAAUCUCUGUCAUGUUUAUUUAAUUUUGAAUUAAGUGAUGACCCAACUAACUUUGAACAUAAAUUUUCCCCCAUUUAUCUGGCGUGAUCCAUUAAACCAUAACCCUCUGUAGUUUCUCAGUGCCAGAACCAUUUCUUUUGUUUCUUCUCUGUUUUUCUUCUUCUCUCCUCGAACUCCGGUGGGCCGAAGAUGGAGGAAGAAGGCACAAGAGCCUUGGGGUUGAAGGUAAGUAGAGAUGCCAAAACCCUAUAUGCAACAUUGUUUCCUGUGUUGACGUCUCUGCUCAUGGUAGUUCUGUUCCUGUGGACCAUUACGUCGGAAUCUGGGCCUGCAGACAGGCCGUGGAUGAAAAGGGAGUCGAACAACCGGGCAUUCUGCGUCGGACUUCUGACGAUAGUUCUCGGUUUCCUGUUUUUGGUUGCUGGUCUUCCUUUGCUGGUAGACUUGGUCAUAAAAUUCUCAGAACAAUUGCAGAGGAAGCAGGAGGAGACCAGGAAACCUCCAAAUCAAGCAGGGAAGCUGAAGACGAUAUGUAUCGUCAGCCGCAUAGGUUGUGAGUAUCAUCGCAAUGGUCAUGCUAGCAUGGGCAAUUAACACUGGAUUUAGGCUUGCAACUGAACCUAAAAGAGAAAAAUAUUUUCCUCUAGCAUCCCCAGUUGGUGUAGUGACUAUUAUGUUUGGCUUCAUUUACUCUAUCAUUGGACUCUGCGUAAUUGCAGAACUAGCGCUCGAGUUGACAAAUCAGUUCCAAACGACAGAGGAAAAUGAAAUUGUUAAUCAUCAAGUAUGCAUAAUAAAGGUCAAAUGUUUAGUUUGACACUGCUAUAA